AUUGUGCAGCUCAUUUUACAAGAACAUGGUCAAGAUUGCAAAAUGUGUGACUUAUAAUAAGGAUCCUUACUUCCGAAUGACACGAGAUGUCGCUCCUCGAUUAGGUUAUCACAGGCCAGCUCUGAUUGAAUCAUCAUUUUUUCCUGCUCUUCAGGGAGAAACAGGGAAAAUGUCUGCCAGUGAUCCAAAUUCUGCUAUCUAUGUGACUGAUUCUGCUAAGGACAUAAAGAACAAGAUAAACAGAUAUGCUUUCUCUGGUGGGCAAGAUUCUGUAGAGAAUCACCGAAAAUUUGGGGCAAAUCUUGAGAUAUACCCUUUAAAUACCUUGGCUUUUUCUUGGAGGACGAUAAUGAACUUGAGCACAUCCGAACAGAAGGAAUAUGGUUCAGGCCGUAUGCUUACUGGAGAAGUUAAGAAACGCCUCACUGAAGUUUUAACGGAGCUAGUUGAAAGACACCGCAGGGCCAGAGCUGCUGUGACUAACGACAUGGUCGAUGCAUUCAUGGCGGUCCGUCCACUUCCCAACAUGUUUAACUAAACUUUUAGAAUUUUCUUUACCAUCAUUGGAACACACUUUAAUUUUCUUUAGUAAAUCGC